AUGAGAUUUCUAAUUCUAUUGGCUAUUUUGGCUCUUGGAGCAUUUGCUACGGAAAUUAACACUGAUGUCAAUUUGAAUACCCCACCAGGAACUUCAACAAAAUUCAAAGUGACCACGACUCACACGAAAACAGUUCAAGAACGUCCAUUGGGGACACAAAUGAGUUCGGGACCAAGUGCAGAGCUAAAUACUCAAAUGGAUACUGGAAAUCAACAAAUGAGUGCUCAGGCUGAGACUCACAAUCGCGCCCGCCGCUGGGGAUACUACGGUGGAUACGGCGGAAUGGGUUACGGUGGAAUGGGAUGGGGACGUCCAUGGGGAAUGGGAAUGUAUGGUAUGCGAGGAAUGGGAUACGGUUAUCCAAUGUGGGGAUAA